AUGAGACAUUUACCUUCCAUCACUUCACCCCUCUCCAUUCCAUACUCCCCAGCUUCCGCCCCAAAUACAGGCGACCACGAAGCACACAACAAAAACCGUAGAAUGCAAACGCCGAAAAAUGAGAUAAGUAUUCAUGUACGACGUUUGUAUCCAGACAUGACUUCCCGUGUACUUGAAACACGCUCCAUCGUUGAAGCGUUGUCAUGCCUUCAAGUGGGGGUGACCGUGGAAGAUAUUGCUAAUCCAACACCGGAUCGUGUACAAACAAUCUACCAUGCAUUCUGCACUCAAAUUCUUGAUGUUCCUGAAAGAUCGCUUGCUGAAUUGCCGUUCGAGUGUGAACUUAAUCCGGAAACUGCCGAAAUACAUCAGAAGAGCACACCUCUACUUUUAUUGUUCACCACAAUGCGCUGUUUUAUCGUGGACUUCGGAGAUGCUGAUGCUGAUUUCACCAUGUGCGAUCUCGUAAAUCCUCAGCCUAAGCGAACGCGAAAAUUGCUCUCUGUGGUGGCGGCCUUCACAAACUACUAUAAGGUUGCAUCACAAGUGUUUGAGAAGACGAGCAGCGAAUAUGAUGAAGCUCGAAAAGCCAUUGAAGAUGGUCAAGAACAGAUUCGCCUUGCUGAGCUACGAAAAAGAACGCUUCGAGGUGAACAAGAUACUAGAAGAAGAAAAGAAAAUGAGCUCCUUGCCGAGUAUAAUUCGAAAAACACGAUUUUAACGGGAUUAAUUAAAGAAGCCGAAGCAAAUGAACAGAAAAGAGACGCAAUUUUGGCCUCUUUAAAAGGGGAAAAAGAGCAGAAGGCAAAUUUGCUCGUUGAAAUCAAAUCGCUUCAAAAUGAAAUCGAACAUUUGGCAAAGGGGAUCGUAAGCUCUCCUGAUAGAGUUCGUCACGAGGCGGAUUCUCAAAGGGAGCAGAUCAAACGCCUGCAAGCUGACUGCAAAGCAGAAAGAGACCGAAUUUCUGAGAAUAUUGAUUGUAUGAAGACAAUUGAAAAUACUGCAAAAGCGCUUGAUGGCAAUUUCAAAAUGCUGGAAAAGAUCGGCGAUAUCCAGGUUCAAAUCAGUCUACUGGAGCAUAAUCUUUCACAAGCAAAGGCCCUCCUAGAAGAAGCAAUCAGGCGGCGACAACAGACUGCUGAUGAUUCUGAUAAGCUUACAAUUUUGAGUGAAGAGGAAAUUAGAAAGCACGAGCGUUCACGAGAACUUUACAGUUCACGAUUAGAACAUCUGAAGACGAAAAAAGAGGAGUUGAUCGAUGCGGUGAAAGCUCUGAAAGAGAGUGAUCCAUCAGUCAGAGGUGAAGUGCUUCACAUAAAAAACGAAAUGCAGCGGUUGGGGAGAGAAAGGAUUGAUGAGACGAAGAAUGCUCGCAUACAGUGUUUAGAACUCAUGCGUAGAUUUUCCGAUUUAAUUGAAAAGUAUCGUGCUGCUGAAGAAUUAUUUGAUGCACGUUCAACAGCGUUCAUUAAGAAGUUGCAAUCUUUGAACGAUGUUCUCGACGAAGCUGAGAAAACUGUUGACGUUGAGCAACUCCCAGACGUAACACAAACAAUGAUGGAACAAUAA